UCUCCAGUUGCAGCCCUGACCUGGUCCUCAUGCUGCUGAGGCUCUUGCUGUUGAUCUGUGUGGUGUUUCUGACAGCCAGCCCCUCUCAGCCCAUAGAGGGGACUUCAAUGACCCUGACCUGUAAUAUCCAGCACCCUCCACAGAAGUCAAAUUUCCAGUUCCAGUUUUGCUUCUUCAAAGAUGGUCGGGUCCUGGGGAAGGGCUGGAACAGCUCACCAGACUUCCAGAUCGCCACCAUUUGGAGGGAAAACUCAGGGUCCUACUGGUGUGGAGCAAAGACAGUGCCAUUCAUAGAGACAUGGAGCCGGAGAAUCCAGAUACAAGUGCAGAGAGUUCCUGUCAGUAAUGUGAGCUUGGAGACACAACCUCCAGGUGGACUUGUGAUGGAGGGAGAGAAGCUGGUUCUUGUCUGCUUGGUCGCUGGGGGCACAGGAGACAUCACCUUCUUCUGGUACAAAGGGGCCCUGGGUUUAAACCUGGAAACAAAGACCCAGCGUUCACUGAUGGCGAAGUUUGAGAUACCUACGGUGAGGGAGAGUGAUGCUGAGCAAUAUUACUGUGCAGCUGACAAUGGCUAUGGCCCCAGUCUCAGUGGGCUGGUGAGCAUCACUGUCAGAAUUCCAGUGUCUCGUCCUGUCCUCACCCUCAGGGCUCCUGGGGCCGAGGCUGUGGUAGUGGACGUGGUGGAGCUUCACUGUGAGGCCCAGAGAGGCUCUCCUCCAAUCCUGUACAAGUUUUAUCAUGAAGAUGUCACCCUGGGGAACAGCUUGGCCCCCUCUGGAGGAGGAGUGUCCUUCAACUUCUCUCUGACUGCAGAAUAUUCUGGAAACUACUACUGUGAGGCCAACAAUGGCCUGGGGGCCCAGCGUAGUGAGCUGGUGCCACUCAACAUCACAGUGCCUACAAGGGACAGAAAAGAACUUCUUACUUCAGGAGUCAUUGAAGUACUGCUUGGCAUCCUUGGUCUUGGCACUAUGGCCCUAUUAUUCUGCUGCUGGCUCAAGAGAAAAAUAGGAAGACGUGCAGCCAGGGAUCCACCCAGGAGCCCUCCCAGCCCUGUACCCCAACAAUCUACCUACCUCAACUCACCUGACCCGGAGCAACAACAUCCUGUAUACGAAAAUGUGAAUGUUGUACGCGGGGAUGAGGUUUAUUCUUUGGUGUACCAUAUGCAGCAGGAACUGCAACCAGCAGCAGUAGGACCCCCAAGGACACAUAUUGAGGAUAAGGACUCCUCAGCCAUAUAUUCUUGGCUGAAGAAGGCAAGCAUUACAGAUUUGGACUAUGAAGAUGCUAUGUAAAGUUAUGGAAAGUUCUGCUCCUUGGCAACCAUCCAUGACCCCAUGUCUCAGAACCAAUAUGUUCUUCAGAGGUCCUGGGGGAGUCAGUUUCCAGUACACCUCAUCCAGGUGCUUUCCUCCAUGAGACUAUUCCUGCAACUACUGUGAAGUGAAGUAGGCUCAAACCCUGAAGAACUCACCCAGGAGAACCGACAUGAAUGCAGAAAUGGGAAGGACUUUGUUACUAGAACCGGAUUCCUACUGGCUCUUUUAGGCACAGGUCAAAUUGUGCUCUAACUUCUUUUUACAAGAGGAAGCAGGAUGGGACAAAAAGAACUUGGGAUCUUGGGGUAGAGUGACAGUGAUACUUAGAAUGCAUGGACCCAAGGUUAGUGAUUUUGUGGGACUCCUCCAUACCGAGAGCUGUGUCCAUCCUUUUGUCCAAGGGCUUUCUCUGCUCAGACAGUACAGAACUCCAGACCUGUCACUUA